AUGGGAACUCCUGGAUCAGGACGGAAGAGAACUCCAGUGAAAGACAGGUUUUCUGCAGAAGAUGAAGCUCUGAGUAACAUUGCAAGAGAGGCAGAAGCCAGGCUUGCAGCCAAGCGAGCAGCUCGAGCAGAAGCAAGAGAUAUACGUAUGAGAGAGCUGGAGCGACAACAAAAAGAGGAAGAUUCAGAGAGGGCCAGGUAUUCUCACCGGUCCAGUCGACAUUCAUAUUUGGGAGUGGAUGAUGCUUUAAGUCUUCCAAGUAUUAGCAGUUUUAGAAGUCAUGCUUACAGUGAAUCUCAUAAUUCAAAGAAGAAAGCUGCUUAUUCCCAUAAAGAUUUAUUGGCAUCUUUGUGUGGUGAUGGAUUACAUAGCUCGUAUAGUUCUCGGACUCUGGAAGAAAAGAGUGAAAAAUCACAUUCAGAAAUAUUUUCAAGGCCAUCAUCUCGCAAUUCAGUAAGUGUAACUCCUCUGAGCGGCAACUCGUCUAGGAGAGGAAGUGGAGACACGAGCAGUUUGGUGGAUCCUGAUGCCUCCCUCAGUGAAUUACGGGAUUCGCUAGCUGAAGUUGAGGAGAAGUAUAAGAAAGCUAUGGUUUCCAAUGCUCAACUAGACAAUGAGAAAAACAACUUGGUUUACCAAGUGGAUACUCUAAAGGAUGUCAUUGAAGAGAAAGAAGAACAGAUAGCAGAGUACUAUAGGGAGAACGAAGAGAAGUCAAAGGAAUUGGAAAGACAGAAACACACGUGCAGUGUUCUACAGCAUAAGCUGGAUGAACUUAAAGAGGGCCUUCGACAGAGAGAUGAAUUAAUAGAGGAGAAUCAGCGCAUGCAGCAGAAUAUAGACUCCAUAACCAAAGAGGUGUUUGAUCUCCAGGAGACAAUUAAUUGGAAAGAUAAAAAAAUAGGGAAACAUGGAUUAGUUAUAAUUCCAGAUGGCACACCAAAUGGUGAUGUAAACCAUGAGUCGGUGGUUGGUGCAAUAACAGUUGUAUCGCAGGAAGCUGCUCAAGUCUUGGAAUCUGCAGGAGAAGGACCACUAGAUGUCCGGCUACGAAAACUGGCUGGAGAAAAGGAGGAAUUACUGUCCCAGGUUAGAAAACUGAAGAUGCAGUUGGAAGAAGAACGACAGAAAUAUUCUAAAAGCGACGGGAUGAAUCCAGAUAUCAUAGGCUUAGAGAAUGGUUCUGACUUACAGCUAAUUGAAAUGCAAAGAGAUGCCAACAGACAAAUUAGCGAAUACAAAUUUAAGCUUUCAAAAGCUGAACAAGAUAUAACUACCUUGGAACAAAAUAUUGGCCGACUUGAGGGGCAGGUUGCAAGGUAUAAAAAUGCAGCAGAAAAUGCAGAAAAAGUAGAAGAUGAACUCAAAGCUGAAAAGAGGAAACUUCAGCGAGAGUUAAGAACAGCACUGGAUAAGAUAGAAGAGAUGGAGAUGACCAAUAGCCACUUACUGAAAAGGCUGGAGAAGAUGAAGGCAAAUAGGACUGCGCUUUUAUCUCAACAGUGAAGUGGAAACUGAAAAUAUGAUGCACUGCUCCUUGAAUAACUAGCCCUUAGCUUGUUUUUAAAUACAGACUUUCAUUUGGCACAAACUGUUUGAACACGGAGCUGUUCAUUGGUGUUUUAGUUUCAUAAUUAAAUGGCAUACUUUUUGUAACUUAUGAGAGAAUGAAAUUUAGUUUGAAUUCCCAUAUGAAUGACAGCAUUUUUUCUGUAGCAUUUGAUUCUAGAGUCAGAGCUGGAGCACAAUGCUGUAUGUUUGACUUAGCGAUAGAAAAUGUUUUUACAACUGUGGAAUCAAGUUUACUCACGAUCUCUUUUGGCUGCUUUAAUGAUGCUUGAUGCUCAGAGACAACUGCAUGAAUUCAAGAAGACACUGUAUUACUGUAUUAUUAACAUGUAUUUGCUCAAGACAUCACACAGCACAAGUGCCUUUUAUCUGGUGCAAUUUAGACUUCAUUGUUGAAAUAACCUUUGAAAUCAGAUAACGUUUUAUUUUAAGAUACAUUUGGGGUAUUCGCUAAACUUUAUACAUUUUGAAAAUACAUUUUUGUAAAAUAUUUAAAUUUUGUAAGGAAAAAAAGUAAGGACUGUAUAUAAAAAUCUGCUUUUUUUGCAUGGGCACAUCCAAGUUUAGGUAAUUUUGUCAAAUACUAGACCGUGAUACUCUUAGUAUUAAGAGUGCAGAUUUAAAAACUUCUG